CCGACUCGCAUGAAUGAUUCAUUCACGAAUUCGAUAUCGCAACCGUGUCUUCUAAAGUGUCGCAUCUUAUCGUUCACAUUGAAUACACUUAUGAAUUAGAAAUAAACUAUGCUUCCUUGAUUCAUAACAUGAGCAGGGCCUUGCCGCAGUCUCACCUGUGCGCCACAUAAGCUCGAGCCCUCCUUCUUGCACCGCCUGCCACGUCAUUCGCCGCCGUCGCACGCAUCCCUGGGAGACUCGACGCUUCUGCCCGCAAAACCGGUUGGUGGGAGAAAACAAUAAAACGGAUAAUAUUCUUCUCACCGCUGACACGGAGCGGGGAUCAUGGGGGGAUCACAGAGCGUGGAAAUUCCCGGAGGCGGUUCGGAGGGCUAUCACGUUCUCAGAGUGCAGGAGAAUUCUCCCGGUCAUAGAGCAGGUCUUGAACCGUUCUUUGACUUCAUUGUGUCCAUCAACAACACCAGACUGAACAAGGAUAAUGACACGUUGAAAGACGUACUGAAGGCUAGUGUUGAAAAACCGGUGAAGAUGCAGGUGUACAGCAGCAAAACCCUGGAGCUGCGGGAAGCCACCGUUACUCCUAGCAAUAUGUGGGGCGGUCAGGGUCUUCUGGGGGUCAGCAUCCGCUUUUGCAGCUUUGAGGGAGCCAAUGAGAACAUCUGGCAUGUUUUGGAAGUGGAGCCAAAUUCUCCAGCAGCAUUGGCAGGUUUAAGACCACACACGGAUUACAUCAUCGGAGCAGACACAGUCAUGAACGAAUCAGAGGACUUAUUCUCAUUGAUAGAAACCCAUGAGGGCAAAGGCCUGAAACUCUACGUCUACAACACAGACACAGACAACUGCAGAGAAGUGGUCAUCACGCCCAACGGUGCCUGGGGUGGAGAGGGCAGUCUUGGCUGUGGUAUUGGCUACGGUUACCUGCACAGAAUCCCUACUCGACCUUUCGAAGAGGGGAAGAAAAUCAGCUUCCCCGGACACACCCCCAGUGAGCCCGCCAGCCCGCUGAAGGACGGCUUCACAGAGGUUCAGCUGUCUGCAGUAACUCCGCCCCCUGUGUCGCAGCCUGUUCCCACAGGGCUUGAGGACAGUCUGUCUGGAUCUCUCUCUGCAGGUUUGCCUCCUCUCCCCCAUCUGAACCUGCCCGGCAUCUCUCCUCUGCCCAUGCACACCAUUCUCCCUUCCACACUUCCCAGCAUGCCCGGGGUCACGCUGCCAUCUUCCCUGGCACCAUCUGACCACAUCCUGCCCGUCUCCUUAGCGACCAAGCAAACUCCAAUGCUCAAACUGGAUGCCACGCCCACCCCUGCGGUCAAAGACACGCCCUCAGAGAUGCCUGUUGCCACGGAGACCCUCCUACAGCAGACGGCCCCAGAGUCCUCAUAAUGGUCAGAGCGGGGCCGGAGGGCGUCCCUCUGUACGUCUCUAUUGUAUUUAUUCAGUACAAAAAGAUUCCAGUGUGUAAACACACACACAGAGAUAAACGCGGUUCUGAGAGACGCCAGCAUCUGAGAGUAAUCAGCGUGUGGAUGGACGUCUAAUAUUAAAAAAUACAUUUAAAAAAGAGAUGACUGUAUGUCUGGUUUGUGCUCUCUUCAGAAUCUGUUCCAUAUCGUGCUUUUUCUUUCUGUAUAUCCUGUAAUCAACUUUCAAAUGUUAGUAUAGCAUUCCUUGUAAUUACCAAUUGCUAUGUGAUUUUACAAUGUAACGUCUGACUUUUUAAAGUUUUUUUUUUUCUUUCUUUGCACCGUUUGUUUCGAAUGCUUUGAUUUGCUCAAACUCCUCCAUUCAUGGUUAGACUGGGCUCUGGGCCUCUGUUUCUCUCUCUCACGUGUGCACACACACACACACAGACACACACACACACACACACACACACACACUCUGUAUGAUAGCUCUGCCGUUAUGAUGAACAGAAACACAGUUAUAAAUGUGCUGCAGGGCUGAAUAUGCACUUGUGCAGUUUGAAGAUUGUCAAGGAAUCUCGUAUUCAAACAUACACAAGCAAUAAACUACCCAGUUUUACACUA